AUAAAAAAAGACGACACUCAUAAAAAAGGGAAAAAUACAGGCAACUGCGUUGGUGAAACUAAUAUACAUUACUAGUGAAUUUAACAACGAUAAAUCCACGUUAAUCAGUGACAGAGCAGCGAAGCUUUAGUGCCUGAAAAACCUCAGUGGCGUUUGGAAGUCUAGUCUGGUGGCAGUCGGAUCCCCGAGUUCCGCGUGCGAUAACUACCAAGUCGGGAAGGGAACGGAACCGAACGGAUCGGCAGAAUGCCCCGAUCAGACACGGAUGCCUUGGUGAGCGACGUGGAGGCUGGCGAAGAUGCGCCGCCACGCAUUCUGGACGCCUCCUCUGCGGCCAGCAGUGAGCAGGUGGACCCAUCGCCAGUGCCCCCACCUCCGCCGCAUGACUAUAGCAGCUAUCGAUGGUUUAUCCUGGAGCCCGCAGUUUUUCUCAUCUUCUUUGCCAGAUAUUUAAUUGCGGCGGUUUAUCAAAAUCAGAUCCUCUACCAGACCUGCGUCACCAUCGAGAAAUUUAAUGCCACGCAAUGUGAGCCGUUGCUGGGCAUUGAUCGCGGAUCGGCGGCGGAUAAAGAAGUCGAGGUUAUCGUCCAAACGUACUCGGCGAAUAUCAUGAUGACAACCUCUUUGCUCGAGAGCAUAAUACCAGCCUUUGCGAGUCUAUUCCUGGGUCCCUGGUCCGACAAGUUCGGAAGGAGACCCAUUCUGCUGACAACGUUUACGGGUUACCUCAGUGGCGCACUCAUACUGAUAGUUAUCACCUAUGUAACCAUGUCCACCAAUAUCAGCCCAUGGUGGUUCCUCCUUUCCUCAGUUCCUUCGGUCCUAAGCGGCGGAACUUGCGCCUUAAUUACGGGGAUCUAUUGCUACAUAUCCGAUGUGGCCAAGGAACGAAAGAAGGCUUUGAGAAUGGUUCUCAACGAGGCAUCCCUUUGCGCUGGCAUGAUGAUGGGCAAUGUGGCCAGCGGUUACAUCUAUGCCGCCACCAAUGCCCUGACCUUAUUUUCCAUUGCUGGUAUCCUGAUGACUCUAGCUUUGCUCUUCGUAUUUUUGUUUGUGCCCGAAAGUUUGAAUCCGGCGGAUAUACAUUCAGGAUCGCGAAUCCGUGAAUUCUUCCGUUUUGAUUUGGUCAAGGAUCUGGUACGCACCUGCUUUAAGAGACGACCCAACUUUGAUCGUGCCAUCAUCUGGCUUACUAUGAUUGCGCUUACGAUAGCCAUAUUCGAUAUGGAGGGUGAGGGCACUGUAAACUACAUGUUCAUGCAGGAGCAGUUCAACUGGACCAUUAAGGACUUCAGCCUGUUCAACGCCUCCCGCAUCGUGAUCCAGAUUGUGGGCAGCAUCGUCGGCAUGGUGGUGCUGCGCCGUGUCCUGAAGAUGUCCAUCGUAACCAUGGCGAUGCUGUCCCUGGCCUGUUGUGUCCUGGAGAGCACGGUGAGGGCCACAGCCGUUUACUGGCAGGAGAUGUACCUGGGCAUGACGCUGGGAAUGAUGCGCGGCGUCAUGGGACCCAUGUGCCGUGCUAUUCUCUCGCAUGUUGCGCCCGCCACGGAAGUGGGUAAAAUUUUCGCCCUAACCACCUCGAUGGAAUCGGUUUCUCCGCUGGGAGCUGCUCCUCUGUACACAACCGUCUACAAGGCAACGUUGGAAUAUUAUCCCGGAGCCUUUAACUUUAUCAGUGCGGCCCUCUAUUUUGUGUGCUACACUCUCAUAGCUGUGAUUUUCGGCAUCCAGAAAUCGAUGGGCAGCAGCAGUAUCUAUCAGGCUAUAGGCAGUUAACCAGCCACCCAACGCUCCGAUUUAGCUGAAUGUGUCUAAUAAGUUAAAGACCUCCUGCAAGUGCUGGAAAGAGCUCUCAUUUUGAACGAUUACAAACUAUUUUUGUAAAUUAAUCUAGUGUUUGUACUCCUUGUAUUUGUGCAAGUAUUAUUAUGAUUUUUAUCUGUAUGCAUGUAUCUGCUGUUUGGACUGUGUUUUGCAUGUGCAAACAUUGUAAAGUUAAGGUGAAAAGUUUCGACUGUAUGCAGUGCGACAAUAAACUGUAAAUACACCAAA